CUAGUUUUUGGCCAUAGUUUAUUUUAUUUUUCGGACGUUUAUACAUUGUAUAAGUUCACAUCAUAAAAACUUUUGCAUAACAAAAGGAUAUGCCAAAAAUAUCUGAUGUUUAUAAUAUGAAAUAAUCUUGUGAAAUCUAUGCUAAAAACAACAAAAUAAAACAUCAAUAGUUUACGAAAAGGUUUGAGCAUUGUAUAAAUAGAAAAUAUUUUCUUUACUAGUGAUUUUGUUUAUACACACAGAAAGUAACGCUUUUAGUUCUCACGAUGAUUUUGGAAUAUUACAAACUGGAAAAAAUAUCGGAAUUUAUAAAGUGAUUAACUGAACAAAUUUAUCUUGGAAGCCAUAAUUCACCUCACCUGUCACUCUCUGUUGUGAGUCUAUGAAAUAUUAAUGUUCGAUUGAACCGAUAGUACCUACGAGCAGUGGACAAAAAUCAUUUGAAAAACAAACGAUUAAUCGAUUUGCUGCCUGGCCGAUCUCAAAGUUAAUUAUCCUCAGUUGGAAUUUCAAUACAAUCGUUUAGUGACAUUCGCAAACAAGUAAAGUUAUCUACAUCCGGUGUAUUCGGAGCGUUCAUGAUCCGCUGUAACUUUGGGAAAUGUUUUGAUUGAUUUUAAUGUUUGCCGUAAACGCUAAAAACUAUUUCACACUGGUUGUUUUAAAAAGAAUAUAACGAAAGCAUUCAUUGGAUUUUCUAGGUGUCAGACAUUCGGAAGUGAUUAUUUUCAAUGGAUAUUUCAGUUGUUGUUUUUAGAUACCAUUUUUCGAUAAUUUGGUAAAUAUCCAUAAGUAUAUAUACAUUGAUAAACUCGAACAAAUAAAAACAAUGGGUUUAGGAGAGGAAGUGGAUGUGAAAAGACGGAAAGUGAUUUUUGAUGAAUAUACGGGAGGAUUUUAUGCCGAGUCUAAAGUUGAAAGUCUACAAAGGCAGUGCGAAUAUCGUGCUAAAUUGACUGACGUAAUGAACAAGGCCGAAGAAGCCAAAUAUAAACUGGCUUGUAAACAAGUGAACGCAGAAAAACAUAUGUUUCUUAUAAGGAAAGAAAAAGCUACUCAUAGACAUUCAGAAGCUUUACAAGAUUAUAAAGCACACAUGAAUGUGUUAGAUAAACUGGCAAAGGAAAGAGAAGAAAUACACGCUCAGAUGGAAGAUAUCUAUGGUAAAUAUCCGCCAAAAAGUUUAAGAUCAAACAUUGAAGAGCUCAUUGAAGGAGAACUAAAAGAGAUGCGACCUGUUGUCCGACGCCGACGAGAAGCUACAAAACUUCUCGACAAAAGAAAUGAACUGACUGAAGUGGACAGGACAAUGUCAACAGAAGAUCUGUUUGAUAACAUGAGACAAAGAAAGAGCCGUGUCCCUAGUCCUGUAAAGUCGGCUUCACGAAACAAAGGAGCUGAAACACCAAAACCGGUCCCUAGGCUAAUUCUCCCGGCAAUAACUGUGCGGCUCGGAAAUAAUAAUAGUGCUAGCAAAACACGUGUCAUAGAACCUGUUUCUGUUACACGUGACAAUACUAAAUCUUAUGACGAAAAUGCUAUGUUACCUUCAGUAUUUGUGACUGAUCCGAGGAGUAGUGCACUAGGAUGAUUUACAUCUAGAAUGAUUAUUAUGAGUAUCGAAGUUAGCAACACACCAAAAAUGAAACCAUGCUUCUGGAAAUGUGUGAAAUAUCAUAAAUCAUUGGCAUUAAAUCGAUUUGAGUACCUCAAAAUGAGAUGUGGGACUACUUGACAGAAUAAAGAUACCAAAUUUUCGCAUUUUUUUUUGCUUCUGUAUUUCUUUACAUUCUAGCUUUCUUGUUAUUGAGUAUAGAGUGCCGUGAAUCUCAUCUAGGAUUUAUUGUGAAGCAUUUGACAAAUCCUUCGUCUGCUUUCGUAUCGCAUCAUAACAUUUACUUAGUGACAAUUUAAUUCGUUGACAGCAAAACACAUAUUUUCGAUAGAACUUGAUGUCAUAAUAUAGCCUGAUAAGGUUUGAUUUAUUCAAGAAUGACGCAUUUCUUUCCUUUUGUAAUGAAUGUUUUACAGAUUUAUGCCAGAAAGUUGAUUGAAUUAAAUAAAGAUCUUAACAUAUAUGUCAAUGAUUAUUGAAAAUGUGACAGAAAAUCUACCUUAUCAGGGAAGAUUCAUGCUAAGUUUUGAGACUAAGUAUUAACUUCUGGAGACAUAUCUACUAGUAAUGACAGAUCUGAGUACUUAGAAGGAUUAGUCUUGUUGUUUUUUAUUUGUUUGUUUUUUGUUUUUUAAUCUAGUAGACAAAUAGACAUCAAAGCUUAUGCGGGCUAUGCUAUACAUUUGUAUUUAUUGUUUUGAACUUAAUGAAACAUCUAUAAAAAAAAUAAAUCUAUUUUACAGUCGAUUUUUUUAUUCAAUAUAUAUAUUUUUUUUAUCGAAUUUCACAUUGUUUAGUACCUUUAUGGUAUCAGAGAUAAUUUUGCUAAACAUUUGAUCAUAAUUAUCAUUAUUACCUUGAUAAAUAUAUGUCGUGUGUUUACAAAUGUCAAAAUAUUUACACGACAACUUACAUAAAUGAUAGAUUUACAUAUUUAUAGGCACAUUAUGCAUCAGAAACAAAUAAAUUUUUAUUUUCUUAAAAAGGGGUAACAUGAAUUUUAUAACAUUUAAAUUAUGGUUUUAGAGCAGUUAUCUGAAGAAAGCAGCACUAAAUGUGAAAUAAUUUGUCACAAAAGUAGCAGAAUGUAAACAAAGUAGUAUUUUGACUUCCUUACAAAAUACUAAUUCACUAUACAUGUACCUGUACUAGAUGCCUGAUAGAUAUGGUUCAGGAAAUUUGUCAAUGACUAACUUUUUUUGAACCUAUAUAGUAUAUUACAAAAAAAACUUUUGAGAAAUGAAAAUAAAAGCAUUUCUUGGGCAUAAUGUGCCUUUAAGCUGAAACAUUUUACUAUAUAUUCUUCAAUAGAAAUACUUCCUUUAUUGCUCAUAAGAAUUUUUAAACAUAGGAUAUUCGUUGAGAUUGUUGAUUUUCACCGCUUCUAUAAGAAAUGAGGGCUACAUUACCAUUUGCAAAAUACUACAUACUACCUGCAAUAUAUACAUUCUGCUCUGGUUUCUGACCAAUCAAAUACGUGAGAACAAAAAACAAUCUCUAUAACCUUGGGUCAUAGACUUUAUUUCAAAUGCAUUAUUUCAAAAACAUUACACAAAUACAAUAGAUUAAGUUUGUUAUAAUUUUUACUAUUCUUUAUUUUUAUUAUAUAAGAUUACAUUGACAUUGUCAUAACUGUUCGAUAUUUACAGUUUAUAUUUGGCA